AUGGAAGGUGCAGAUGUUGGUCCAAGACUUGGUUCUACACUGGGACUGCUGCUGGGGCUCUUGCUGGGGCUUCCACUGGGUGAUCCACUGGGGGAGGAACUUGGAGCAGAUGUAGGACCAAGACUUGGUGCAAUACUUGGGCUUUCACUUGGGCUCUUGCUUGGGCUACUGCUGGGAGCUUCACUUGGUGCUUCGCUUGGGGCUUCACUAGGUGCCUCACUGGGUGCUUCACUUGGGGCUUCACUAGGUGCUUCACUUGGGGCCUCACUGGGAGAUUCACUUGGUGAAGCACUUGGGCCUGUACUUGGCGUGACACUGGGAGAGGAACUUGGUGAGCCGGUCGGUCCCAAGCUCGGAGCCCUACUAGGGUCCACACUUGGUGUAGCACUUGGGCUUGUACUGGGUGAGAUGCUUGGGCUGGAACUAGGUGAUGAACUUGGAGAUUCACUAGGGCCAGAGCUUGGUGAUUUGCUGGGGCUGGAGCUUGGCGAUUCGCUCGGGAGCGAACUGGGGCUCUCACUUGGGGAACCAGAAGGACUGGUGCUCGGAGAUUCGCUUGGGCUCUCACUAGGAGAUGAGCUGGGGGGCUGA